AAUACCAUUCAUUCAUACAUGCAAUAGCAUUCAGAAUAUUUCUGGCCCGUGCAGCUGUCAGAAGCAUUUAUGGAAUCUAGUACGUUCAUGCGAAGUUUUUUUUUUCUUCGUUCCCGUAUACUGCUGCCAUUAACUUCAUUGGCAGUGACGCGAUGCUAACUGUCAAACGAGCGAAUCGAGCAGACAAACAAAAGUUGUACAGCAGCAGCAGCAGUAGCAGCAGAGCAAAAGUUUUUUUUUUAUGUUGGAAUUUCACUUAGUGUCGCGAUACUGUGCGUUAUUUUAGGCUCGAUUUAAUGUGGUUAUUUUGUGUGUGAGAAAUUUUGUUAAAUUUUAAGUAUGACUACGACAGAUACGACAGCUGGUGCACCACUAGCCAUAUCGGUGAACGACGAUUCAGUGAGCAGUGCUUCGAAAACCGGUUCAACAAAAAAGCAUUAUGUACAACAUUUUCCGCCACAACAAGCAACACCAACGAAUCGCACCGCUGUUGCCGCCAACCCAAUCACCGUCGCCACCACUACUGCCGUUGUUGAUGAGCGCGACAAAGCCAGCUUCUACAAGGAUUUAUACCAUUUUCACGAAGUCAAAGGAACACCAAUCCCACGGGCACCUCGUGUAAAUGGCCAUGAAAUCGAUCUACAUAAAUUCUAUUCAUUGGUUUGCAGUCGCGGCGGAUGGGCCAAGAUAAAUUACCGAAAUGAAUGGGAGGAUUUAGUACCUGAAUUUGAUCUGCCAAGCAAAUGUGUGAAUGCAUCGGUGGCGUUAAAGCAAAUCUAUAUGCGAUUUUUAGAUCGUUAUGAGAAAAUUCAUUUUCUUGGCGAAGACAAUGAUCGAAUUGCUGACGAAACGGAUGAAGAUAAUCGCCAUAAGAAAUGGAACAAUAAACAUUUCAACGAUGUUCCAAUGAAAUACAACUAUUUACAGCAUAACGUCGCCGAAAGUAUGCGUGCCACGCAUAAGCUGUCCACGGAUUUGUACAAAUCAUCCGAGUAUGAACGAUUGCUGAUGUCGUUAAUGUCACCGUUGCCAAACGAACAAGAUUUUGCCGUGAAUGUGUGCACGCUAAUGGCCAAUGAAAGUCGGCACACGCUCAAAGUCGAACGAUGCCCCAAAUUACUUGAUGCACUCAUGGGUCAUGCUGGCGUUUAUUCACAUCAUUCAAUGCGAGAUUUAUUCUUUGAAUAUUAUUCCAAUGUGCGAAAGCAUUCGUUGCAAUCGUUUUGGAAUGAUUGUUUGCACGAUAAACCGGAUAUUAUGGAAUUAACUUAUGAAGAUUACUUCGAAGUGGAUGAAAAUUUGACGAGCAAUAUUUCGGGACGACCGCCGGUUCGGCUGAGGAACAAUGACAUGGAAACAUUUGAAGAUGGUCUGAACACACGUUCGAAUGAACUCAACGAAUUCACAUCGUUGGAAUUUUUGAAUUUGAAACGAGGCUUGGGUACGCACGAUUAUAUCGGUCAACGUGUACAUCAAGUGUCAACGAUCUGUCGGAAUUUAUCGUUUUUCGAAGAAAAUCUACCGACCAUUGUGAAAAAUCGCACGUUUGUACGGUUUUUGGUAAUGUGCUCAAAUAUCCGAUGGGGAAAUUUACAUCAAAUGGGCUUGGAUACACUCGGUAAUAUUGCCGCCGAAUUGGAUCUGUGCGAUCCAAACAAUGACAGUUUAACAAAGUGCUUACUUACCACCAUUGCCGAAGGGCUGGAAAGUCCGGAUCGUGGAGUGAUUAUCAGUUGUUUGGAAAUUUUGUAUAAAUUGUGUCAAAAGGGAUCGAACGAAGAUCAUUUACAUAAAUACCUCGAUAAGCGUGUUUAUCGGCAGAUUUGCAUGUAUUUAUCAUUGAACGAUAUUAUGUUGUUGCUUUACACGUUGGAGUGUUUAUUUGCACUGUCAUCGAUGGGUGAGAAAGCGUGCUUUGCUAUAGUUCAAAUCAACGGCGUUAUAGAUACACUAGUUUCGCUGGUGUCGGUCGAAGCACAAAGCUACGGUCCUGAUGGAUGCAUUCUGAUGCGUGUUGUUGAAACAGUGCCAACACCGUUAGUAUCACAACAGCAAGGUCAUCAUUCGCAUCAUCACAACUUUCAACAACAAUCGCAUGCUCCAUCACAGCCAGUCAUGACACAACUUCAAAGUUCACCAUCAACUAUUCAUGUGCCAGAGCGUAACCCGGUCGAAAUGCGAGUUGAAGUGAAAAAUGAACCGAUUCGAAUAGAAAAACCCAUACCCACUCCAGUUAUCCCACAGCAACCAGUUGAUGUUGCCACAAAUCAAGAACAAUCGGUGGUGCCGCAGCAACAGCCACAACUGCAGCAAUAUCAUCAUCACCCGCAGCAGCAGCCACAACAACAACAACAACAACAACAGCAGCAGCAGCAACAACAACAGCAGCAUCAUCAUCAACAGUCUCACCAAGCGUUGUCGUCUUUACCAUCUUCACCUCCGACAAUUGUACAGUCAACAAUUCCGACAACGCCAACCGUACAACAUACGCCGAUAGUGGUACCGGUGCCAAGGUCACAAACUCCACGAGUCGAAGUGAAGCCAGAGAUCAAGAUUAAUCAAACGAAUUUUUCGAAUUCAGAGCCAAUGGUUGUAGUGUCGAGUACACCGAUAACGGUAAGAACGCAAACAACAGCAUCGCCAACGGUGACAACCGUUGCACCGCCGUUCCUAACCAGUUCAAAUGUCGUCUAUUCGGAGCAACAAACAAUUACCAUUCACACGUCAACGGCACAAAAUCAAAAUUCCCUGAAACUUGCACAAGAUCAAGAGAACGAACAAUUUGCAUUGGCCUGGCUGCGUGCCACAUUUGAGCCGGCCAGUGCGGUAGCGUCACGUAUUGAACAACAGGAUUUAUAUAAAAUGUACUUAACCGCUUGCUCGAAAAUCGGUCGAACGGGCGUUGUGUCACAUCAUCAUUUCCCACGAUGUGUUCAAAACGUAUUUGGCAACACGGUCGGACCCAAUCAAAUCAAAAUCAAACAAAAUACAAUCUCAUCAUGCUUCUACGAAGGUAUUCGUAUACGUGCUCAACCGUUGGCUGUGGUUCACAAAGGAACCAUCUUGCAAGCGGCUGUAACCACAACGACAAUAAAAUCACCAGACAAUGCUGUGAAAAAGGAGCAGCCAACGAUAAUUAAAACAUCAAUGAUGCAAAAUCAAAAGACCAACAUGAAUCAAACGCAAAUGAACGCGUCAUCGGCACCGAUCCUGCAACAAGUAUUGAGCACCAAUCAAACCGAUCACAUGCAUAUGACACCAAAUCGCACAAACAUUCGACAAUCAACAAAUUCAACGCUUGUCUCAUCCGCACCAUCGAUCGUUACGUCAUCGCCAAGCGGCACCUCAUCAUCGUCACUAAUCAAAGCAAUUCUGGCCAAUAAGGUAACGACCGUUGAUGGUACUGUGAUUGGCACACCGAACAUAACAACGAACCUAGUUCAACAAUCGAUAAAUCCUAGUAUUAUUUCCGCUACUAGCAAUGUGAAUGUGCAUCAGGUUGCGCAGCGACAGCACUUGCAAAAGCAAAGAGAAGCUCAAUUGGCAGCAGCAUCAGCGGCGGCGGCAGCAGGAAACACAACGAUAAAUGUGACAAAUAUGAGCAUAGGAAAGGAGCCAAAGACUACAAUAGUCAUAAAAACGCCAACGGGACCAGUGCCGCCAAAUAUGAAAGCGGCCAUCGCUGGAAAUACACUGAUACCGGCCACAAUCAUCGAAAAGAAGGCCGAAGCAAUGCUCGAAGCCAAUAAACCGUAUUGGGAUCCAGUUCCACCGUUAGCGCCUUUGAGUAGUAACAGCAUACGGCCAACAAGUAUCAUCACCUCGAUACCCGUGCCAACCGUUAGCCCAUCAAAAGUUGACGAUGAUUCGAAUUCGACCAGCCAAUCAGCCAACUCCAGUUUAUAUGGCACGAAUCCAACGACACCGAGUUGUCAAGAUGAGUCGGAAAGUCCGUUUGCUGGCUUUGAAGGCUUAUUAGUUCCGGGCAAUAUGAAAAUCGAUGAUGAUGGCGAUAUAAGCAAUAAGAGAAAAAUCGACGCAAAUGCCAAUCCAACUGGCGAUGAACCGCCAAUCAAACGAAUCAAUUACAUCGAGAAUGACAAUUCAAUUGAUAAAAAGAAUCAAGCCAUGAAAUCAUCAUCGUCGGCAGCAAAUUUGUACGCUAAAUUGGCGGCAUCAUUGCUUGAAGACGAAGACAUGGAAUUGGACGAAACAAUUGCACAGCCGACACAACAGCCGCCACCACCACCACCACAACAAACCAUUAUUCCAACGUCGACAAUAGUUGAACAGCCAAAAUCAGUGAUUACAGUGCCAAUGCAACGACAAAUCAUCGUCUCACCCAAUAAUGCUCGAUCUCAAAUGAUCAGUACGAUGAUACCAACACAAAAUCAACAAAUGGGCCAGCCAACAGCCACAAUCAAAACCGCUGAUGGCGCAUACCAAACAGUGCCAAUGAUUUUGCAACAUGGCAACCAGCAAAUGGGCAACAUUCAAAUCCAGAAACAAAUCGGUGGCAUUGGUCAACAGAUCAUUCAUCAACCAGUUCCACAAACUCAGUAUAUGCUGGCGACCAAUCAACAAGGUCAAACGUAUCUAGUGGCACAACAGCAACCACCGCCAGUCAAUCAAAUUCUGUUGACACAAACAUCUCAACAACAAGGAGGAGCACCGACCAAAACAAUCAUUAUCCUACAACAACAAACACCAACAGCAGUGAAUACAGUAUCAACGCCACAGAAAAUGAUCAUGACAACUCAACAGGGCCAACAGAUGAUUGUGACGCAAGUACCACGCCAGCAUCACGUCAUUGUCAAUCAACACAGUGGAAAUGCCGGUGCUAAUGUCAUACAGUCCAAUCCGCAAAUGCCGUCGACAAAUGCGAUUAUCAAUCAAGUUACAAGUACGCCAAUGAGUGCAAACUCACAACCGCAAAUUGUAUCGCACAUGAGAGCAGUGAAUUCGGUGUCGCAUGCUCCAGCCUCGGUGUCACCAAAUGUAAUCACAACCAGCGAAAAGAAGAAGGUAUUUGUAACCGGAAGCGGAAACAUUGAGGUCACUCAAGUUUCACAACCCAUCUCACAUCCACCGAAUGUACCACAAAAUGUAACGCCAAAUGUAACAUCAAACCUGAUACACAAGCCGAUUCAACAGCAAAGCGUGAAUGUUCCAAUGCAUCAGUCCAUGCCACAAGCAACGAUAACAAGCCAAGCGCAACCGAUUAUAACGCAAGCAAAACCAAUUCCACCACCGCAGCCGGUGCAGCAACAGCCACCACCACCGCCGUCACCGCAAGUCAAAGUUGAACCAGUCCCAGUGAAAGCCGAAGAUGAAAUCGAUGUGAAUUGGUUGUAUGUGUGCGAUUGGCGGGGAUGCCAACGAAGAAAAUUCCGAUCAGCAAAUGAAGUGUAUUUGCAUGCAUGUGCCGAACAUUGUCCCGACAAUAUCGAUCCAAAUGCGGACAUUUACUGUCAAUGGGGACCGGGCCCAAAUCUGUGUGACAAUUUACCACGCAAACGAUUCUCACUCAUGACGCACAUCAACGAUCGUCACAUAACAUUGGAUUCAUUUAAGACGGCCGUUCAGCGACGCAUCGCAAAUGGGCCACAAACAACCGUUACACAACCGGUAACCAUUAUCAAAAAACCAAUGCCACCAAAUUCUGGUGACAAUACAACCGGCACGGCAUCGCCAACUCUAUCCACCUCAUCGACCAGUUCAUUGUCGGCUGGAAGUAGUGCAGCUAUGCAAGCGAUCAAACGACACUCAAUCGACCUCAUCAAUCCCAAAGAGCUGAUGUUUCAGGAUGAGAACGAAGGUCCGGUAACGAAGAGUAUCAGAUUGACAGCUUCAUUGAUUCUACGGAAUCUGGUAAAUUAUACAACAUCGGCAAAACGAUGUCUGCGGUAUUAUGAGCCACAUUUGUCUAGCGUUGCAUUGAGCAAUGUGGAAUCGAGCCGGACUAUCGCACAAGUUCUCUACGAAAUGAACGAAACGCGACCGUAUUAAGGUGAAGAGAAAUUCACCGCACACACACACACAAACACAAAAACAAUGCACUCCCAUUGUUCUCAGAAAGCAGAGAAGCAACACAUCAGCGAACUAAGUGAACAUCGAUAUUGAAAUCGAUUUAUAAUUUUUUUUUUAAUGAAAAAAGAAAAGAAAAAGAAACGCUUGCAUCGAUUUUCUUUUUUCGGUUCAAAUUUUUGCUGAUUUUUCAUCGAUCAAUUUUAAGAUUAUUUUUCGUAGUGUCUUAUUACAAUGGAAAAAAAAAGAAAAUGAAACAAACAAACAAAGAAUGAAUGCAAAGAUCCUUGUUGUAUUUUAAUUAAUUUUAAUAAAAAUCUAUUAUAAAUAAGAUGACAAAAAACAACCGAAAACAAACAAAUAACAAAACUGAAAGCAAAGUAGCAACUAAAA